AUGUCGUCAUCUAGACAAUUAAUAAGUUCAAUAACAAUUUAUCUUGGUCUACCCAUAUUUAUAUGUGGUACUUUGGGAAAUUUACUUAAUAUUCGUCUUCUUUGGCGAACUCGUCAUAAUCCAUGUGCAUUCCUAUUUUUGGCUUUAUCAUUUAUUAAUUGUUUUAUCUUAGUUUAUGGUUUAUUCACAAGAAUAUUAAAUGUUGGCUUUUAUUUUGAUUGGUCAAGUACAAAUAUUAUUUGGUGUAAAACUCGCACGGCUUUUAGUCAAGCUGGUUAUUAUAUUUCAUUCACAUGUACUUGCUUAGCAAGUAUUGAUCGAUUUCUUGUUAGUUGUUGUCAAGAAAAAUAUAGAAAAUUAAGUCGAUUAUCCAUAGCUAUAUGGGCAGUCAUUUUAACAAUUAUAUUUUGGUUAAGUCUUUCUGUUCCUCAUUUAGUAUAUCUCGAAUUAUUACCAAGUCCAAGUACAGGUUUAAUAUCUUGUUCACUUGGUCGAUAUGAUACUUUUUCUAAUUAUGUAAAAUAUUUUUCAUUUCCUGUUUAUUAUGGUUUAUUACCAAGUAUAAUUUUGACAAUAACAGGUCUAUUGACAUAUAGAAAUACAAAUAAAUUACAAAUAAUUCGUCAAAGACAAAUAUUUCAAAAACAAUUAACAUCAAUGAUGCUUAUACAAAUUCCAAUUAUACUUGUUUCAACAGUACCAUAUGUAAUAUUUACAGAAUAUUCAUUAUCUACUGCAUCAAUGACUAAAUCUGCUAAUCAAAAAGCUAUUGAACUUGUGAUAUCAAAUAUUGUUUCAGUUACAUGUUAUAUAACAUUUGCAUGUCCAUUUUUUGUUUUCUUAGUUUCAUCAACAUCAUUCAGAAAAGAAGCAAAAAUGUUAUUUUUAUGUCGAAAACCAAUUUUAUUGAGAACUAAUCAAAUUCAACCAUUUUCCACACAUCCUACAAAAAAAAUACAAUCUAUAUCGAUGAGAACUAAUCAAAUGGCAUUCUACCCUACAAAUAGUUUGAAAAAAUAUAAAACCAACCAGAAUUAUUAA